AUGCGUACGCACACGAACGAGAGACCGUACGAGUGUGGUGUGUGCGAGAAGUCCUUUCGUCGAUCUGAUGAUUUGAAAAAGCACACGCGUAUUCACACGAACGAGAAACCGUACGAAUGUGAUGUGUGCGAGAAGAGAUUUAGUCGAGCUGAUGCUUUGCAAAGCCACAUGCGUAUUCACGCGAACGAGAAACCGUACGAAUGCGAUGUGUGCGAUAAAGCUUUUCGUCAUUCUAGUAGUUUGAAAGUCCACAUGCGUAUUCACACGAACGAGAAACCGUACGAGUGCGAUGUGUGCGAGAAGCGUUUUACUCAAUCUGGUGCUUUGAAAUACCACAUGCGUAUUCACACGAACGAGAAACCGUAUGAAUGUGAUGUGUGCGAGAAACGCUUUCGUACAUCUGGUAGUUUGACACAGCACAAGCGUACUCACACGAACGAGAAACCAUAUAAAUGCGAUGUGUGCGAGAAGCGUUUUCGUACAUCUGAUAAUUUGAAAACCCACAUGCGUACUCACACGAACGAGAAACCGUAUAAAUGUGUCGUGUGCGAGGCGCGUUUUAGUCAACUUGGUAAUUUGCAAAGCCACGUGCGCAUUCAUCAUUAG